CUCAUAAAACCACAAUUCUCUACCAACUCCAUCUCCUCUAAAUUAAAGCAUUUCAUCAAUAUUUGUCUCUCCUUAAGUUAACCAAUAAAAACUCAGAAUUCAAAAAAAAAUAAAAAAUCUGCACGCGAAAAUGGAUCAAAAAUUGCCUGUAAUAGCAAAGAAGUUGUGGAAGAUAGUCCGCGUGGCUUACUUCAUGCUGAGAAAAGGAUUAUCGUCAAAGAGGAAACUAAUGUUCGAUCUGAAUUUAUUAAUGAAACGUGGCAAAAUUGCUGGAAAAGCCGCGUUCCAAAAUCUCAUGUUCCAGGGACAUAAUAAUAUUAAUCAGGGAGCCCAUCAAUGCACUUCUCAAGAGUAUUACGAGUUCAGCUGCAGUAACAGCCCUGCUUUCCACCUCCCUUUCAACCUUAACAAGCGUAUUAAUAAUAAGCAUAGUCAGUCCGAACACGAUGACGUUUCAAUUAUGAACGCUGCCGUUUUGAAGGCAUUGGAGAUGCUUCAGAGCGAAACAGCAUCACCUGCUUUGCCUGGAUUUGGGAGGACUCCUACGGUGAGGCAAUUAAGGAUCACUGACUCGCCUUUUCCUCUAACAUCAGACGGUGACAUGCUUAGCCACGUAGACCAGAAAGCUGAUGAAUUCAUUUCGAGAUUUUACAGAGAUUUGAGAAGAGAAGCCUCCGCUUUUGCUUAAUAGCUUGGAGUUUUUCUUUUCUUGUUGGGGUAUUUUUUACAAGAGUUUAUAAAUGUGAUAAUACGUCCCUCCCUUCGAUAAUUGCUUUCAUCCUAUAAUUAAUACAUUCAAGGCUGUGAGUAGUCUUGAAAUUUUGCAUCCACAAAUAUUCACUCUUCAUUUCACUGUCGACUAGACGACUACUCGUUGCUCUUUUGUUUUUCUAAUUGGAAAUAAGAGCAGUAAAAUACUAAAUUAGAAAUUGUUAAAAGUUAGAGUAAAAGAUAUAUAUUUUGUAUAGCUCCAAGUUCUUUGUUUUAGAACUUCCUUUUAUACCAUGAGGAGUAACCCUCCUCUUUAUUUU